CCCGGCUAUGAAAGGAUCGUCAACACUCCAUGAUGCGAGUCUUGGAGCGGGGGAGUCGAGCAACGUUGGAAAGUUGUGGGGUCACUCACCCCUUGGAAGUUCAGCCGGUUUCGGGGUAUUCGGUAUUAUACGACACGAGAUCCGGCUGGCCAUCGCAGUCAUGAUGUCGCGUUGAAUUGAGCACUGUUCUCAGCCAGGUUGUCUUGCGAAGUCUAGCUGUUGAAUCGGAGAGCUCCAAUUCACACCACUCGAUUGCUUGCUUGUGAAGUCCACUGCCGCCUCCGUCCCGGAUUGUUCGUCGGCGCAGACACGUACAGCACUAUACUACCUCGGUAGCAUAUCAAAGCCAGCGAGACAGAAGUCAAACCCCGUAAUCAUGGGAAUCAGCGGCGAUGACCGUGAUAAGAAACCCGUCUCCUUCAUCGGCCUCGGUGCCAUGGGGUUCGGGAUGGCCACCCACCUCCUGAAGGAGGGGCACGAGGUCACUGGAUUUGACGUGUGGGCGCCGACUCUCGAGCGGUUCAGUGCCGCGGGCGGCCAAACCGCAACGAAACCAUCCGAGGCAGUCGCCGGCAAGCCCUACUGCGUCUGCAUGGUUGCUACAGCGCAACAAGUACAGUCGGUACUCCUCGACGGCCCGGAUCCGGCGGCGCCAGCCCUGCCUCAGGAAGCAGUGUUGCUUCUAUGUUCUACCGUCCCAUGCGACUACGUCCAGUCACUAGAAAAACAACUCCAAGCCAUCGGCCGCGGUGACAUUCUCUUGGUUGAUUGCCCAGUGUCUGGUGGGGCGGCGCGUGCCGCAGAUGGGACGCUCUCUAUCAUGGCAGGCAGCUCUUACUCGGCAAUUGUGAAGGCGCACCCGCUGCUCAACAAACUGGCGGAUCCCAAGAAGCUGUAUAUCGUCAAGGGCGGCGUCGGCGCUGGGAGCAACAUGAAGAUGGUGCAUCAGGUGCUGGCGGCGUGCCAAAUCCUGGCGGCGAGCGAAGCCAUGGGGUUUGCCCAUCACCUGGGUCUGGAUUUAGCCAAGACACAGGAACAUAUCGCCAGGCCUGAGUCGGAGGCAUGGAACUUUAUGUUUGAGCAUCGCUCACCUAGGAUGCUCACCGAGUUCCAGCCCGUGGCCAGCGCGGUCCAGAUCAUUAUGAAGGACACCAGCAUCAUCACAGCCGAAGGGCGGAGGAAGCGGUUCACAACUUUAAUGACGGGUGUCGCUGAGCAGGCGUACUUCACCGCGAUGGGAAAAGGGUACGCGUUGGAUGAUGACAGCAGCCUUGUCCGGUUGUACACCGAAGGAAAGGCAAAUGCACCGGGUCCUACGGAGAUGGAUGAAAAGAAAUUAGCCCUGGUGGUUGACUUGCUUAAGGGGAUUUUGCUGUGCUCGGCUGCAGAGUCGCUCUCCUUUGCUCAUCACUUGGGCCUGGACCUCGACCAGGUGCUUGACCUGUGCGUUGACGCCGCCGGAAGCAGUGCCGUGCUUAAGAAGUUUGGGCCGACGCUUAUUAAGGGUCUCCGGGCGAAAGGCGAGUCGAGAAAGUGGACUGCGGGGGAUGGCGAGCCUCAUCUUGGUGAAUUUGCCGAGAGGCUACAGACGGUGAUGGAGGAGGCACAGAAGAUCAAGGCACCGCUGUUUCUGGGGAAUCAGGCACUGAAUAUCCUGAGCCAAGUGCUACGCUAUAGUGCGCCUGGAGUCGCUGGAGUUUCCGUCGGGGCGGUGGUGAAUAUCUGGGCUGCUACUUCUAAUCACUUCUUCAACCACGGCCGGCCAGAGGUUGAUCCAGAAGAGAAAAAGAACUGCCACUGGUGCCAGAUCCGUUCGUUUGCGACCCAUUCCACGCUACCUAUCACGAUCGUCAACGAUGUGGACAAGGAGGUCUUAAACCCCAAGUUUCGCUUCAUCGACCAUUCCGUGAUUGCCGAUGAUGUCCCUGUGGCUGAGGAUUCCUUCCGGGCGGGGUGUAACUGCACCGACGACGAGGACUGCAUGUACAACACAUGCCACUGCCUUGACGAAAUGGCACCGGACAGCGACGAGGAGGCCGAUGACGGAAACGGUGCUCGGGCGCGACGAAAGCGCUUCGCAUACUACUCGAGCGGGGCCAAGGCCGGCUUGUUGAGGAGUAGGAUUCUCCACAGCCGCGAACCCAUCUACGAGUGCCACGGGGGCUGCAAUUGCUCCUCGCAGUGCCCCAACAGAGUGGUGGAGCGAGGCCGGACGGUGCCGCUGCAGAUCUUCCGGACAUCGGAUCGCCGAGGCUGGGGCGUCAGAUGCCCCGUCGAUAUCAAAAAGGGCCAAUUCGUGGACAGAUACCUCGGCGAAAUCAUCACGUGCGAGGAGGCGGAUAGGAGGCGCCGCGAAUCUAAGAUAUCACGACGCAAGGAUGUCUACCUCUUUGCUCUUGACAAAUUCUCAGAUCCGGAGUCUCUCGAUCCUCUUCUGGCGGCGCCGCCACUCGAGGUUGACGGAGAAUGGAUGAGCGGACCAACUCGUUUCAUCAAUCACAGCUGCGACCCCAACAUGCGCAUUUUUGCACGCGUCGGGGAUCACGCCGACAAACACAUUCACGACCUGGCGCUUUUUGCCAUUCGGGAUAUCCCAGCGUGGGAGGAGCUCACCUUCGACUAUGUUGAUGGGCUAGAGACGAUGGACAGCGACGCGCAUGACCCGUCGAUGAUCAAGGACAUGACGAAGUGCUUGUGUAAAACUGCCCGGUGUAGGGGGUUCUUAUGGUGAGUCUGCGGGUCUCAUGGGUUGUCCGGCAGCGGGAUUCCGGAAGGCAGUCAGCAUUGGGGGGUAUAUCACAACAGGAUAUGCACCGAUGCUUCGAGGCAUCCGGGGCGCUGGCGAGCUAGUUUCUCGAAAGCCCAGAGCAAGACUGCCGCCACGCUUGAGGUUUGAACAAGGCAAGGACCGAAGCAAUGGACGAACAUCCAAAGCAGCUGCAGUGAAAGCCAGAAGAUGGGAUGGGAAAGUGAUAUCUGAGUUUCAAGUCUCCCCAGGUUAAGGAUAGCGGCACAGCAUACCUGCAGUUUCAGUUAGGUAGGACUGCAGUGGCAAUACUCUGUACACUAUGGAGUAAGGGAUGAGCAGACGACAGACCCGACAUCGCUCGCACUGUCAACUAUGCCUGACCUCAAAGGCUCAAACUGAUGAAGUUGAGAAGGGAAUCAGUGUCUAGAUACUCCGUACUAGUGCCCCGUUAUAUGACUCAACCCAUUCUCCC